CUGGGCCAGGUGGCGGUAAUAGCUGGCAACUUUGAGCUGGGGGAGCUGAUCCGAAACCAUCGGGACCAGGAUGUGGUCCCCUUCCAGGAGUCCCCCAAGUAUGCCGCCCGGCGGAGGGGGGGUCCACCAGGCACAGGGCUGACCGUCCCCCCGAUGCUGCUCCGCGCCAACAGUGACACCAGCAUGGCACUGCCCGACUGGAUGGUGUUUUCGCCCUCUGGGCCCUCUGGCCCUGCUCCAGCGGCCCCCAGCUCGACCACCCCCUCCACCCCCGGCACCAAACUCAGCACUGGCACUCUGAGGAGUGCCAGCAGCCCUCGGGGCGCCCGGGCCCGCUCCCCUUCCCGAGGGAGGCACCCGGAGGAGGCGAGGAGGCAGCCCCGGGGACGGCCCAGUUCCAGUGGGACACCCAGAGAGGGGCCAUCUGGGGGCACAGGGGGAUCCGGGGGCCCUGGGGGCUCUCUGGGAAGUCGGGGACGGCGACGGAAGCUCUACACCGCGGUGCCAGGACGCUCCUUCAUGGCCGUGAAGCCAUACCAGGCCCAGGGCGAGGGGGAGAUCUCCCUGAGCAAGGGAGAGAAGAUCAAAGUGCUCAGCAUCGGGGAAGGAGGCUUCUGGGAAGGUCAGGUCAAAGGCCGCGUUGGCUGGUUCCCUUCCGAGUGCCUAGAGGAGGUGGCCAAUCGCUCCCAGGAGGGAAAGCAAGAAAGUCGAAGUGACAAAGCCAAAAGGCUCUUCCGGCACUACACCGUGGGCUCCUACGACAGCUUUGACGCCCCCAGCGACUACAUCAUCAAGGAGAAGACCGUCCUGCUCCAGAAGAAGGACAGCGAGGGCUUCGGCUUCGUGCUCCGGGGGGCCAAGGCGCAGACCCCCAUCGAGGAGUUCACUCCCACCCCCGCGUUCCCUGCGCUACAGUAUCUGGAAUCUGUGGACGAGGGCGGCGUCGCGUGGAGAGCAGGACUUCGGAUGGGGGACUUCCUCAUUGAGGUGAACGGCCAGAACGUCGUCAAGGUGGGCCAUCGGCAGGUGGUGAACAUGAUCCGCCAGGGCGGCAACACCCUCAUGGUGAAAGUGGUGAUGGUCACUCGGCACCCCGACAUGGAGGAGGCUGUCCACAAGAAAGCGCCCCAGCAGGCUAAGCGUCUCCCGCCCCCCGCCAUCUCCCUGCGGUCCAAAUCCAUGACUUCGGAGCUGGAGGAGAUGGUCUCCCCCUGGAAGAAGAAGAGUGACUACGAGCAGGCGCCGAUGCCCAGCGUGGAGAAGAAGAGGACGGUCUACCAGAUGGCCCUGAACAAACUGGAUGAGAUACUGGCUGCGGCUCAGCAGACCAUCAGCGCGAGCGAGGGGCCCGGGCCGGGCGGCCUUCCUUCUCUGGGCAAACACCGAGCCAAGGGCUUCUUCGCCACCGAGUCCAGCUUCGAUCCCCACCACCGCUCCCAGCCCAGCUACGAGCGACCGUCUUACCUGCCCCCGGGACCUGGCCUCAUGCUGCGGCAGAAGUCCAUUGGGGCAGCGGAGGACGAGCGGCCUUACCUGACGCCCCCCGCCAUGAAGUUCAGCCGGAGCCUGUCGGUGCCGGGCUCCGAGGAUAUCCCGCCCCCCCCAACGACGUCCCCGCCCGAGCCCCCCUACAGCACCCCUCCAGCCCCUUCCUCCUCCUCGGGCCGCCUCACUCCCUCCCCCCGGGCCGGCUCUUUCAACCCGGGGAGCGGGGGCCCGCUGCCUUCCUCCUCCCCAGCCUCCUUCGACGGGCCCAGCCUCCCCGACUCCAGGCCCCCCGGCCGGGACAAGGGGCUCUACCACGCGGGCCCGGGCGUGCUGCCCCCCGCCCACCACCACCCGCCACAUCACCACCACCACCACGCACCGCCCCCUCAGCCGCACCACCACCACGCCCACCCUCCCCACCCCCCGGAGAUGGAGACGGGGGGCUCCCCCGACGACCCCCCGGCCCGCCUGGCCCUGGGCCCCCAGCCCAGCCUCCGCGGCUGGCGAGGAGGCGGCCCGAGCCCGUCUCCCGGGGGCGGCCCGGGGGCCUCCCCUUCUCACCACGUUGGCUCAUCCCCCGCCCCUGCCCUGCGCUAUUUCCAGCUCCCACCCCGGGCGGCCAGCGCCGCCAUGUACGUCCCGGCACGCUCGGGCAGGGGCCGCAAGGGCCCCCUGGUCAAGCAGACCAAGGUGGAGGGCGAGCCGCAGAAGGGGAGCCCCGGGGCGGGCCCCGCGGCCCCGGCUCCAGGGGGCCCGCAGCCCGCGGCGGCGGCGGUGACGGCGGCCGAGAAGAACUCCAUCCCCAUCCCCACCAUCAUCAUCAAGGCCCCGUCCACCAGCAGCAGCGGCCGCAGCAGCCAGGGCAGCAGCACGGAGGCCGAGCCCCCGGCCCCUACCGACGCCGGGGCCUCCCCUGCCUCGCCGGGGCCGGCCCCAGCCCCUGGGCCGCCCACGUCGCCUCUGCCCGCGCCGCCUUCGCCCAGCGGCCCGGCCACCCUGGACUUCACCAGCCAGUUCGGGGCGGCCCUGGUCGGGGCGGCCCGGCGGGAGGGCGGCUGGCAGAACGAGGCCCGCCGCCGUUCCACGCUCUUCCUGUCCACCGAUGCCGGGGAUGAGGACGGCGGGGAGGCGGGCUUGGGCGGUUCGGCCCCUCCCGGGCCACGCCUGCGACACUCCAAGUCCAUAGACGAGGGCAUGUUCUCGGCGGAGCCCUACCUGCGGCUGGAGACGGGCGGCAGUGGCGGCGGCGGUCCCUACGGAGGCUACGGGCCCGGCCGAGCCUACGGCGGCGGCGGCGGCGGCGGGGGGGUCAGUGCCUUCACUAGCUUCUUGCCCCCGCGCCCACUGGUCCAUCCGCUCACCGGCAAGGCCCUGGACCCGGCGUCGCCCCUCGGGCUGGCCCUGGCGGCCCGGGAGCGGGCGCUGAAGGAGUCCUCCGAGGGCGGCGGCGGCCUGCCGCAACCCCCUCCCCGACCCCCAUCUCCCCGCUAUGACGCCCCGCUGCCGCCACCUCCGCACCCGCACCCGCACCCCGCGCACCCUCUUCCCCACCACGAGCCAGUGCUGCGCCUCUGGGGCGCUCCGACGCCCGAGCCCGGGCGAAGAGAGCUGAGCUACCGGGCCGGCCUCGGGGGCCAGGACAAGGCCCUGGCCGCCAGCCCCCCGGCGGCCCGCCGCUCCCUCCUGCACCGCCUCCCGCCCGGACCCCCUGGCGUAGGGCCCCUGCUGCUGCAGCUGGGGCCGGAGCCCAGCCCGCCGCCCCCUGCUGCUAAGGGCUGGAGGGGAGGGGGCGGCCAGGAGGAUCCGGAGCGCCUCCCGCUGCACGUGCGCUUCCUGGAGAACUGCGAGCCCCGCGGCGGUGGCGGCCGGGGGGGCCCCCCGGAGGACGCGGUCCCUGGGCCCCCGCCGGUCUCCCCCUCGUCCCCUCGCGGCCGGGAGGAGAACGGGCUGCCUCUGUUGGUCCUACCGCCGCCAGCCCCGUCUGUGGACGUGGAGGACGGCGAGUUUCUCUUCGCCGAGCCGCUGCCCCCGCCCCUCGAGUUCUCCAACAGCUUCGAGAAACCCGAAUCGCCCCUGACGCCCGGCCCCCCGCCCCCCCUGCCCGACCCGCCUUCUGGAGCCCCCGCUGCCCCUGGCGGCGCCCCGGCGCCCGGCCCGUCCCCGGCCGCUGUCCCCGGCCCAGCCCUGGACUCCACGGCGUCCAGCCUGACAUCCUACGACAGCGAGGUGGCCACGCUGACCCAGGGGGCCUCCAGCGGCUCCGGAGAUCCCCCAGGCCCGGGGCCCCAGGUCCCCGCGGCGCCCGCCCCCGCCGUACCCGUGGCCCCUGGCCAGGCCUCGGGCCCCGACCCGCCACCCGGCACAGACUCGGGCAUCGAGGAGGUGGACAGCCGGAGCAGCAGCGACCACCCUCUGGAGACCAUCAGCAGCGCGUCUACACUGAGUAGCUUGUCAGCCGAAGGGGGCGGCGGCGGCGGCGGCGGCGGCGGCGGCGGGGGGGGAGGCGGCCCCGAGCUCCUCGACACCUACGUGGCCUACCUGGAUGGCCAGGCGUUCGGCGGGGCAGGCGGGGUCGGGCCGCCCUACCCCCCGCAGCUGAUGACCCCGUCCAAGCUGCGAGGCCGGGCCCUGCGACCGGGUCCGGGGGGGGGUCUUCGGGACCCGACCACCCCCACCAGCCCCACGGUCUCAGUGGCCGGCGCCGACGGGCUGCUGGCUCUGAGCGGCUGCGGGGGCCCCCAGCCUCCCGGGCAGGCCGACAGCGACGGGGCGCCGGCUCCCUCGGGGGCCGCCUCGCUGCCCCGCAAGCUGCUCCCCUGGGAGGAGAGCCCCGGACCCCCGCCCCCGCCGCUGCCCCCGCUGCCCGGGCCCCUGUCCCAGCCCCCCGCCUCGGCCUUGGCCACGGUCAAGGCCAGCAUCAUCAGUGAACUGAGCUCCAAGCUGCAGCAGUUCGGGGGCGCCGCGGCCGGCGGGGCCUUGCCCUGGGCCCGAGGAGGCAGUGGGGGAGGUGGGGACAACCACGGAGGCCCCAGCUAUGACCGCACUGCCUCCCUGCAGCGACAAAGGCUCACGGACGACCCCCCGUCUUCGCUUCUCUCCAAGCCAGUCAGCAGCUUAUUCCAGAACUGGCCCAAGCCGCCGCUGCCACCGCUCCCCUCGGGGUCCGGGGGGCCCCCCGCGGCGGGGGGAGCCGGCGCUGGCUCGCCCUCGCCGUCCUCCUCUUCGUCCAGCCGCCACCUCCAGGGCGUGGACUUUGAGAUGCGCCCUCCCCUCCUCCGCCGCGCCCCCAGCCCCUCCCUGCUGCCCCCCUCGGACCACAAAGUCAGCCCGGCUCCCCGGCCCUCGUCUCUGCCCAUCCUGCCCUCCGGGCCGCUGUAUCCCGGCCUCUUCGACCUCCGGGGCUCGCCCACCGGAGGGGCUGGGGGCGCCUCGGACCCCUUCGCUCCCGUUUUCGUGCCCCCCCACGCGGGGAUGGCGGGGAGCCUGGGCGGGGCGCUGGCCGGGGCCUCCCGUUCGCUGUCGCCUACCCGCCUGCUCUCGCUGCCCCCGGACAAGCCGUUUGGGGCCAAGCCGCUGGGCUUCUGGACCAAGUUCGACGUGGCCGAUUGGCUGGAGUGGCUGGGGCUGGCCGAGCACCGAGCUCGCUUCCUGGACCACGAGAUCGACGGCUCCCACCUGCCCGCCCUCACCAAGGAGGACUACGUGGACUUGGGCGUCACCCGGGUGGGUCACCGGAUGAACAUUGACCGCGCGCUCAAGUUCUUUCUGGAGAGGUGAUGGCCGGCCCACGAGGACCCUCGGGGAGGGCUCUAGCGCGGCGGCCCUGCCCCUCGGACCGCUGGCCAGACGUCACGUGACGCUCCCUUGUCGCCCCGCCCUCGGCGCCCCCCCCCCCCCCCCGACCUAGCCUGGUCACUUGCUUCUGCCAGCACUCAUCCCACUGGACAUGCGCACCUCAGACGUGGGGGCAGCUGGGACUGGACAGUAUGUGCGUCGGUGUUGGGGGGAGGACGUGGGGACAGAUGCGACCCCGCUCCCUCCCAGGGAGAUGGCCAAAGCUGGGAGGGGUGGAGAGGGCGUGAGGAGGGAAGAUGUACCCCGACUUCCCCCUCUCCAGGUCCCUGGGAGAGGGGGGGCGAGAAUAUAGCAGAGCCAUAAGCGGGGAGCCCAAGGCAAAUUGGAUGAUGGGGGCUCCCUGGGCAGUAGGGGAAGGGGGUAAAGCAGGGGUCCCCAAUCCCCUCCCUAGGCCCCAGAUUUGACCAUCCCCAUCUCUCGCCUGAUUUCCCCGCCCAACCCUAACUCCCAUCCCUCUCCGGCCUUCUCUCCUCCCUCCCUCCCUCCCUCCCUCCCUCACUGUCCUGCCACCUGGUCUCUUGCACGCUCCUUUGCACGCCCGCUCGCCUAUGCGCCCCCCCCCCCCGCUGCUAUUUUGCACAGAUUUGCGCUAUGUCUCAUGCUUUCUUGCACACUCCCCGAGGUGGUGCUUGCAGGUCCCUCCCAGCUGUUGCGACCCAGCUUUCUUGCACGCUCACUCUUCUCUCCGCCCCCCUUCAUUCUAUUGGCUCUCUCCCCCAUAGUUCUCUCCCCCGGGACCUCAGGGCGCUGUCCUCUGCUCCUUUGGCCCUUCUCCACCAGGCGCUCUUUGGGGCUGCCUCUUCCAUCCAGGCUCCCCCGACACACACUUCCCCUGCUCCCGGCCUUCUUACUCCUUUGCACUUGCCACACCCCGCACAUGCCCCCCCCCCCCCCUCUUCGUCUGGGGCCCGCAUUUCCACGCAUCGUUCCCUCCUUCGGGCCCAGCUAGCUCUGCGUUUGCACUUGAUUACAUUUGCACACUCACCUGUUUCUGUUCCUUUCUCAUGACGGCCCUCUUCGCUUGCACACGUUCCGGACCCUUCUCUUGCUCAGUCCCCUACUCCUGGCUCCUCUGGCCAUCCUCCCCUUUUCUGGCACAGCUGCUCACCCACUCGUCCGCCUGUCUUCCGUGUUCUUCUCGCCGAGGUUCUGGCACCCUCGCCCUGCGCUCUCCUUUGCUUGCAUUCCCUCUUCUGAAUUCCUGCGGCCCCUUUUGCACACGAAUCUUCUUUCGCCCACUGACUUGCCCACACGUCUCACACUCACUCCCUUUUCUCCCGGGAACUUCUCUCCUUUUGCACACUCACUUUUCUGGCCCCUCGCCCGCCCAUCUCUUGCUCGGCUCUCUCAUCCCGGUUCUUGCACGCCCGCUGGCGCCCCCUCAGACUCUUUGGAGCCCCGCAGCCCGGGUCUCGGACACGCUCCUGGCUUUCCGCCGCCCUUCCUCUAGACUUCGACGGUCCCCUUUGCACACUUGCCUUCUCUCAGAUUCUAUUUCCAGGGGGCUGGUUCUUCCUAGCUCAGCCUCUCACCCUCCUGCAUGACGGAUCCUCGCCCCUCCCCUUCGAGCAUGGCUUCCCCUCUUUCUGCCCCUCCUCCCCCAGUGACCCCGACGCUUCCUUCCCCCUCCCCGCUCCGCUCCCUCACAGACCCGGGGGUGGGGGCGGGAACUGGACCCCUUCCCCAAGCCCCUCUAAGCUUCCCCACACACUCGUUCAGCUGCCAAAGAAGGGAGCUCCCUUUCUUCCCCCUCACUCCAAGCCCACCCUCCCUUCUGCUACCCCCCCAUUCCCGGGGGGCUGCUCCGUCCAUGGGGGGGGCUCCCAGCCCUCUUCCCCCUCACCACGUCAGGGAUCUGCGGGUUAUCUUGCGGGAGGGUUGGGGGGAGGGGGGAGAAGGGGGUGAGGGAAUCCGUCCUCCCUCCCUCAGGUCCGUCGUCCGUUGUUCUCCCCUACCCCGGGGACCCCGCGGUGUCCGUCUAUCAAGGGCUUGUUCAUUCCGGAUGGGCACCGCGGAAGGGGGCGGGGUCAGGGAGGGGGAGGGAGGGGAGCGAGACCCAGGGUGGGAGGGGCGGGGGGCGGGGCGGGUCCGAGCGUGGGGGGAGGUGAUACAAAGCAAAAAAAAAAAAAAAAACAAAAACCCACAAAAAAGCUCAACUCGAACCCCGAAGAAUUGUCUUCCAGAGGGGGUGGGGGGCGGGGGGCGGGCGGGGGCACGCAGGCAGCCGCAGCGUUCCGAGUUAGGACGCUGCCCCUCCAGGCCAGACGGCCCUGCCGAGGCCGCCCUCUAGGGCCGAGGCGACGUUCCACGGAGGCCCGGGGAGGGGAGAAUCGAUGGGGGGCGCCCCUCCCCCUCUCCGAUUUUGCAAAGAAAUGGCUUUUUGUACCGGGUCAUUCUUUAUAAUUAAACUCACAGUAUCCACCCUC